AUGUCACAACCACAAAAGACUAAUAACCACCCAGAAACAAAGCCACCACCUACGUCAAAGCCUAUACAGUGGGUGAGGCUCAAGAACGUUGUCGGUAACACCAACACCGCUACUCACGAAGCCUUAUGGAAAUUAAUAAAUAAAACCUUGCCGCAGAUUGAGGGUAAAGAAGCUGAAAUACGGAAAGCGUAUGCGAAGAAAGUGCGUAAAGAAGAGUUACCUAGCGAUGUGUUAAACACAGAUCUACUGGCUGCUGAGAAGAGGAAGGCGUUAAUAAGCUUUGCUUAUCAGACGCGGGAACAGUGUUUGAGAUCGUUAGCUGCAGUCAAGUUUGCUCAACAUGCGGAUAAGAUACGGCAGGCUGAGAAUUUGCAUCUGGCAAUACAAAGCCAGAGUAAAGUGUUCAGCGAAAUGAGCCGAUCUCUAGAAGACUUUGCCAUGUUUGUUCCAGCUACAAGUGUACGACAAUUCGACCUUCUAACAGGUAUCGACAUUUUAACGUCAGGAUCAUAUUUACGCUUUCCCAAAUGGAUAAAAGAGAAGUGGGCACCUGAACCUAUUGACGAUGCAGAAGUGCGAGAAGUAUUACGAAAAUUAAACAAUACAAUACAAGUACGAUUAAUGACUGAAGAAGUUGUACCGCCCGCAAUGAAAAGAUAUCGAGUACACGAUGGGAGAGUUACGUUUGUAGUGCCCGAUGAGUUUCAGGUCUCCCUUACUUUGGGUAGUCCUGAGAAAGACUCACAUUGGCACAUUGUAGAUGUAAAAAUAUUCGUCCAAAACGCCCGAGACAAAUUCCUUGGUGAAUCUGAUCUCUCAGUCCACGAUCAGCAACUCCGCUAUAUUCAAGAUCAGGCUCAAAUUCUUCUUAACCCAUACCCUCAAAUGUUCAUCGAAAAAACUUCACAAGUCGCAUCUAAACUUCCCAAGACUGCUAAGGACCCACUAUCAGAUGUUAGAAGACGAUGGGCAGCGAGUAGAUUUGUGAGGAGAGAGAGUAGGGAGAGUGAUGAAGGACCUUCAACGGAAGCGGUUGGAAGCAGACAGGGACAGUUACAAUCAAGCCAGCUGUCUAGAGAAACAUCGAAUAUUUCGCAGACAGAAGGCUCUUCGACAGCCAAAUUUAUUCCGCUGGUGCAUUUAUAUGAAUAUCUGCAUGGCUUGGCGUUGGAUUUGCAGCUGGACGUUAUGUGGCAACAGUCAAAACAUCUAAUGCAAACAAGAUAUUACAACCACUUGGUUGUGAAUAUUAACGAAGAGCGAACAGUGCUUCGAUUGCAUUAUUGGAGUGGUGGAUCUUCGCCGAAUGUUGGAACAUCUUCCAGAUUCGUCGGUGGUAUUGGCCGUGCUGUUCUCUCUUCAUCAACUGCCCACUCGAAACGAAACCUGCAACACAGUUCCCACAACGUUAUAGAAAUUUCUAUCGUACAGGAUACUCCAAAAGAAGCCCUCGUUCGAGCGACACAUAGGUCGCUAUCUCGUACGACUUGGGCCAAUGAUACGUCUCUUAUAAAACCAGGGACUAUAAAUGGUGGUCGCGGAUUGAAUUAUCCCAACAAGAGGUUUCAAGUAGGGUGGUGCGGGUUUUUUGGAGAAGAGAAGCCGACGUGGAGGUUUCUGAAUUGGAAGUUUAAUCCACGUAAUGUAAAUAUAGAGCAUUUGUUGCUCCAUGUUGGACGUGCGCAAGCGGAGAUGUUGAUAAAAAGGUUCUAUGACGCGCUGACAAGCACUUAUGAGAAAAACACUUUCGCAGAAGGAGACAUUGAAUUAGUCGAAGGACGUGAUGUUUUCCGUACAAACAAACCCAAAAGUACAUCAUUAACAGAUAUAACGGCUAAAAAACUAUUCAAAAUACCUACUUUACGCGUUCGAUUUGGAAAAGGAAGAUUUGUAAAUGUUAGUAUUGAUAUACGGACCGGACUAUUGUUAUUAGAAGAAGCGAGUAAGGGGAUAGGCAAAGCUAUGACGCGGCGAUACGAGGAGGCAAUCACUGCUAACUUCUCGGGUAUUGUUAAUCUAUUGAUAAAUUGGAAGUUCAAAACACUAGUUGAACAAAUAGAAAAAACAGCAAAAUUCUUAGAACUCGACGUUAAACGGGAAAUACGACUGUCCCCAGAUGAUGCAGAUCCUGGUGGAGACGGUAACAAAGACGCGAAUGGAGAUAUGAGACUUGGAACAGGAAAGAGGAAGAUGGGGGAUAAGGAUGAAUUAGACAUACCAAAGAGGAGACCUGUGAAGCGGCAGAGAUUUGAUGAUGAGGGAAUCGUGAGGGUGCAAGGAAGUUGUGAAGGGUUGGAGAUGGAUUUGUUUGGUAUCAGUCGAGCGGCAGCUUUGUGUCGCGUUCGCAUCUGCCAUAUAGAACUAGAACGUCGACUCAAUGAUAAAUCCAUAAAAUUCGAAUCUCGCUCCGUAAAGGAUCUAAAGGAUCUCACUCUGGAUGCGAACAUGACAAAUUCAAUUUCCGUACCGGUAUUACACAUAAAGGUCCAGGAACUGUUGAAGAAAAUCGAUAAAGCGACUGAUAGGGUGCUAAUGGUCAUGGGAGAUAUUUAUAUUAGGCCAGUUGGAUGGUUGAAUUCUAGUGCAUCAGCCAAGAGUUCAGUUUUAUUUCAGUGUCCAAUAAACAGGAGCAGCUUGCCGGAUAUUGGACGAAUUUGGUCGAAACAUAUCGAGUACGACCCAAUAACAUCCACUCUAGUUUUUCGAUAUGACAAGGUGGAGCUAUCAAUUGAACGAUUCCUUCAGGAUUGGAAGCGUGUUGUUCUGAUUACACAGAUAGCAUCUCAAGUGUCUUUUAAAGAAUGGCACAGAAAACAUAAAGUUUCUGUAUACCCAUAUGACUUCAAGUCGCUUAAGAUUCAGUAUGCAAAAGACUUUUACGUGAAAAUAUCGGGGAAGGUGUCAGGAAAGACGGCAGGCUAUUAUAGACUUCAGCUUGGAAUCACCGGAUCUCGAGUUGAUGGUCCACAUCCGCAUCGGCGUGUCUUAUAUUAUCUAGAAACUAGGUUUAAUUCGACGUAUAGUAUUGAUGAAUUGAUAUCGACAUUAACAAACACAGCAGAAUUAGCAACAGUACUUGAUGAAAUCGAACGAAAUGCCAUACGAAAGGGUAAAAAAAUAAGUAUAAAUCAUAUGUCAGCUAAUCAUUAUCACAUUUUAUAUCAUGGCGCCUCGAAACCUCCCCAAUCAGUUGAAUUUUUCUUCAAGCCGAACAAUAACGUUUACAUCUCUGAUGCGCUGUCAGUUGACUCUAGUUCAAGAAAAGUCCUUCCCUUAGGAAAGGGUCUGACAAUGAACUCAUCUGAAGCAGCAGACUUUAUGAGGCAGGCUAACGUACGAAUUACCGGAGAUUUGUGGAGUUCGUAG